AUGCCUUCAUAUUUCACUCACAGAACUACGGGAACCUCCUCCUCUCUGACUGUCCCUCUACUUCACAACUAUCUCUCACAACCAUUCCUCAGAUUCAGGGCUUGCCUUGUGUUUGAUUACGACACCGUGGUUGUGUUAGGUAGGGGUCAAAGAUAUCCUUCGUUUGUUUAUUUUUACUUCAAAGGCAGAUUUUGGAACAGCUUCGAUUCCUUAGGUCAGCCACAAGACUUCCGUGCAGGCACAAAUAAGUAUGAUCUCGAUUCAGAUAAGAAGGAGACACUUCUGCUUAUAACGGACUGUCGUAUCCCUCUAAGCAAAGACAGUGCUAUCUUUGCUGAAAUGAACUACAACCAUGUAGAUUUGCAGAUUCAUAUUAGUAGUCCCUCUUGGUACAGAAUAAAAGAAUGGGGUAUACGAGUCUUAGAGGACUGUUCAUCAUCGGAGAACCAACUUGGUAAUCCAAACACCCUUCCACAUGUUUUUGAAGCCGACCAAGACAAUAUGCUUAAUGAGGCCGCCGAACAAGUUGAAGAAUGUGGAGGCGAAGAUAAAGUGAAGGAGACAAGCAGUAAACGAAUGCGGAUCUCUUGA